AUGAAACAUAUCAGAAGCAUUUACGUAUUUUGUAGUAUUGUUACGUUAGUGCAUAGUGGGGCUUCAAAGCUGCCAGAAGAAACAGAAUUGACUACCAACUGCUCCAACACGUCUUUAAGAAAGGUUCCUGAAGACUUGACCCCAACCACAACCAUACUGGAUUUGUCCUACAACCUCCUUUUUCAACUCCAGUGUUCAGAUUUUCAUUCCUUCUCUAAACUGAAAGUUUUGAUUCUAUGCCAUAACAGAAUCCAAGAGCUGGAUAUCAAGACCUUUGAAUUCAACAAGGAGUUAAGAUAUUUAGAUGUGUCUUACAACAGACUGAAGAGUGUAACUUGGUUCUCACUGGCAGGUCUCAGACAUUUAGAUCUGUCCUUCAAUGACUUUGACACUGUGCCUACCUGCGAGGAGACUGGCAACAUGUCACACCUGGAAAUCCUAGGUUUGAGUGGGGCAAAAAUACAAAAAUCAGAUUUCCAGAAAAUUGCUCAUUUGCAUCUAAAUACUGUCUUCUUAGGAUUGAGAACUCUUUCUCAUUAUGAAGAAGGUAGCCUGCCCAUCUUAAACACAACAAAACUUCACAUUGUUUUACCAAUGAACACAAAUUUCUGGGUUCUUUUGCGUGAUGGAAUGAAGACUUCAAAAAUAUUAGAAAUUACUAAUAUAGAUGGCAAAAGCCAAUUUGCAAGUUAUGAAACUCAGCAAAAUCUUAUUUUAGAGAAUGCCAAGACAUCCAUUCUGUUACUUAAUAAAGUUGAUUUACCCUGGGAUGAUCUUGUGCUUAUCUUCCAAUUUGUUUGGCAUACGUCAGUAGAAUACUUCCAGAUUCAACAUGUGACUUUUGGAGGUAAGGUUUAUCUUGACCAUAAUUCAUUUGACUACUCAAAUACUGUAAUGAGAACUAUAAAAUUGGAGAAUGUACAUUUCAGAAUUUUUAAUAUCCCACAGGAGAGAGUCUACUUGCUUUUUACCAAAAUGGAUAUAGAAAACCUGACAAUAUCAGAUGCGCAAAUGCCUCACAUGCUGUUCCCUAUAUAUCCUACAAGAUUCCAAUAUUUAAAUUUUGCUAACAAUAUCUUAACAGAUGACGUGUUUAAAAAAUCUAUCCAACUGCCUCAUUUGAAAACUCUCAUUUUGAAGGACAAUAAAUUGGAGACACUUUCCUUAGUGAGUUGCUUUGCCGGCAACACAUCCUUGAGGCACUUAGAUCUGAGUGAAAAUCUGUUACAACAUGAAAAUGAUGAAAAUUGCUUGUGGCCAGAAACCUUGAUCACCAUGAACUUGUCAUCCAACAAAUUUGCUGAUUCUGUUUUCAGGUGCUUGCCCAGAAAUAUUCAAAUACUUGACUUGAAUAAUAACAAAAUUCAAACUGUCCCUAAAGACAUUAUUCACCUGACAUCCUUGCAAGAGCUAAAUCUUGCAUUUAAUUUUCUAACUGAUCUUCCUGGGUGCAGUCAUUUCAGAAGACUCUCAGUUCUGAACAUUGAAAUGAACUUAAUUCUCAGCCCAUCUCUGGAUUUUUUCCAGAGCUGCCAGGAAGUUAAGACUCUAAAUGUAGGAAGAAAUCCAUUCCGAUGUACUUGUGAAUUAAGAGAUUUUAUUCAGCUUGAAAAAUACUCAGAGGGCAUGAUGGUUGGGUGGUCAGAUUCAUACAUCUGUGAAUACCCUUUGAAUCUAAAGGGGACUCAGUUAAAGGAUGUUCAUCUUCCUGAAGUAUCUUGCAACACAGCUUUGUUGAUUGUCACCAUUGUUGUUAUCAUGCUAGUUCUGGGGACGGCUGUGGCCUUCUGCUGCCUCCACUUUGAUCUGCCCUGGUAUCUCAGGAUGCUAGGUCAAUGGACACAGACAUGGCACAGGGUUAGGAAGACAACCCAAGAACAGCUCAAGAGAAAUAUCCAAUUCCAUGUGUUUAUUUCAUACAGUGAACAUGAUUCUGCCUGGGUGAAGUAUGAAUUGAUUCCCAAUAUAGAGAAAGAAGAUAGUUCUGUCCUGAUUUGCCUUCAUGAGGGAAACUCUGACCCUGGCAAGAGCAUUACUGAAGAUACUAUAAACUGCAUUGAGAAAAGUUAUAAGUCCAUCUUUGUUUUGUCUCCCAACUUUGUCCAGACAGAGUGGUGCCACUAUGAACUCUACUUUGCCCAUCACAAUCUCUUCCAUGAAAGUUCUGAUUACAUAAUUCUUAUCUUACUGGAACCCAUUCCGCUCUACUGUAUUCCUACUAGGUAUCCUAAGCUGAAAACUCUCAUGGAAAAGAAAGCAUACUUGGAAUGGCCCAAGGAUAGGCGUAAGUGUGGCCUUUUUUGGGCAAACCUUCGAGCUGCUAUUCAUGUUAAUUUAUUAGAAACCAGAGAGAUGUGUGAACUGCAGACAUUCACAGAACUGAAUGAAGAAUCUCGAGGUUCUGCAAUCUCUCUGAUAAGAACAGAUUGCCUAUAG